AUGGGACCCGUUCACAGCGGAGUGCGAGCACGCCGGCUCUUUGGAUUUGGUUCGUUGGUCUUGACAGUUGCACUGGUACUGAGCACGUCGUCGUCUCCGACACGAACAUUUUCCCAGAUAUCCCCCACCAUGGAGGUAGAUCCGGAGUACCCUGGAACUGCGGUGGAGCGUCUUCGGAACAUCCAGGCGCGGGUCAAGAGCCUCACGCCAGACGAUCUGAGCAAAGAUUGGGAGGAGGUGCGGCGAAAGAUUUUAUGGGCCGGGGGCCUGAAGGAUCUUCCACACAGUGUGCCAGGACAAGGUUAUACAGGCCACUCCUUUAAUGAUGACAACCACUGCGAUCUAACGCCCAUGUUGGGAGAGGUCGCGCACAAUCUCCAUCAGGGCGAGAUUCGUGGAAUUGCCAUGGGCAACAAACUAGGCCCUGGCAUUGAAGUCGCCAGUUUGCCCGAGCUGGGACCUGGUGGAUCCUGGAGUACAUGCACCAAUGGUUGCCAUGUGGAGCCGCCACAGGAUGUGGCACACGUGCAGUUCAGGGCCCGAAUUGCCUUCAAGCUGGUGUGGACCCCACCAAGCUUCAGCAGCUUUGUCCUGGUCGAUGACAGCGGUGCGUACCUGAAUCACGGGACUCCGACUGGCGCGCUUCCGGACCUCCGUGCGAGGGCAUCAAACUACAACCUGGUGAAGGGAAGCAAGUAUGCGCGUGAAGCUGAUGCCCUUGCAGACCGGUCUGCUGGCGCCUGA